ACCAACACACCUUCUAUCAUACACGCAGCAAAACCAACAUUCCAUAAAUGAUGAUAACUUGUUAUCUGUUUUCUCUAAAUGUAGGGAUUCCGGUGUUAGAAUAUGUCCCAAGCAACUUUAGUUCUCGGUAGGAGUGAAGCAUUCAAAACCAACAUUUCUGAUUCUGUAUCUCACAAUGAAUUAAAACGACAAGUUUCCGAAUGUAUUCAAGCGUCAACACAAUGCUGUGCACAUUCCCGAGGAACGCAAUGAAUGGGUUAAUCGAUAUAAAUGAACGGGCUCUGGGAUUGACAUGCACAAUGUGUUACCUCAAAUAAUGUUGAAACGUAUGAACUUAUUCAGAUAAAAUUUAAGCAUACACAAAGUUUACCGUGCUAGUAUUUAAUCGAUAACAUACAGCAAAGUGUAAGUCAGUUAAUGUGCCAUAACAUAAACAUAAAUUUAAAUCCACGUCACGUGCACGAAACUAAAAAUAAGUCCAUGUCACAAAAAAUCAAUAAUUUCAGUACACAGACUACUAUCACAUCACUAGGAUACAAAUACCAAAGCAGCCAGGAUAUUUGUUCCGCAAAAGGUUGAACAAUGGCAACAAUUGAAGUGACAGGGGUAGACGGAAAAGCUAAGGUGAAAAACUCAAGAGCGGUUGGGAUUCAAAACAGUGACGGAGAACUUCCAUCACAGAUAGGUAUCAAGAAAAUGAAAGUGACGGGUGUCAAGGGUAAUGCUGUGGUAGUCAAUUCUGUCGCUACUGGCAUUAAUAACGGUCCAAUGGGAUCAAUUGAUAUUGGCAACAUGGAAGUGACGGGUGUCAAGGAUAAUGCUGAGGUACGCAAUUCUGUCGUUUCAGGCAUUAAUAACGGCCAAAUGGGAUCAAUUGAAAACAGGCAGCAAACAUACAAUAUUGAAAAUGCCCACGGCGUCGUAGGUGGGCAGGACAUGCGGGGCGCAACUGUGGAACAAGGAGGAAUCACAGGGCAAAGUUCAGGACCCAAGACAUACUUCGAAGGAAAAGGAAGUCGUCAAAUCACAAACCAAGGUAAUAUAGGUAAUAUUGCCACAGGUGAUAACCACAGCGGGAAUAUGGCUGCCUUAGUCGGUGGCCAACCUGCAGCUGGUGGCACAAGAGAUCCUAAAGCACUCACCCCAGGAGAACUGAUAAACCUUCUGAGGGAGCGCCACUGCACUGAGGACACAAUUAAGAGUUUUGAGACACAUAUUGUUGACGGGCGAUUGUUCAUGGACCUAGAUGAUGAAUUUCUUGUCGAUCUUGAGAUUAACAGCAGGAUAGAACAAAGGAAGCUCAAGUGUUUAAAGGAAGACCUCAUUCAGUGAACUUGAUUUACAUUACCAAAGAAGCAAUUGGACCAUCAUUACCGGUCGUCGCCUCUUCUACACACCGGAGUGUUACUCAACAAAUACAACUCGUGAUAGAGCCACAUUCAGAACAAGAGAAACACAUUUGCAUUGAUAGUUCGUAUCAAAAACAAAUGCAAAAAACACAGCAGUGACUUCAAAUAGAUUACGUGGAAAGAUUUCAGUGUCACUCUCUGUCUCGGAUUACAUACACUUAAAAAACCCAGUUAGGGAUCAUGAAUCUUUUAGGGGACAGUGGGGAUGUUUCUAAACAGGUACAUCUCGUGAUUGAGUCACAUUCAACAGGGAAAAGACUUCUUGUUCGAUUGGAGGUUUAUAAUCGCUUAUCACUAAAAUGAUUUUAUAGAAAGAUAUCAGUGUCAUUAUCAAUCUCUCGUUAUGCUGAUUUCAAAUAUGCUCACCACUAAAUUGAAAUCGUCAACAAAAGGGCAUUAAUCAGUUUCCUUAAAGUUUCUGUUAGGAUUUGGUUUGUUUGUUGUUUAACACCGCACUCAGCGAUAUUCAAGCUAUGUGACGGCUUCUGUUAUGAGCUCACAUGUGAUGAACCGACAACAUCGAUAGCGUUCACACAAUAGGUGUACAGUCCGUUCCUAGUUUCAGUUCAAUUCAAUAUCAAUCAGGUAGUUGACACAAGCCUCACACACCGUUGUCCUAUUCUGUCUGAUAUCAGCCUAAAUAAUCAUAGGCUUUUUGUCACUUGAGACAUGGUGUAAGGCAGUGAUGACAUCAGAAUUGAAGUUAGAAUUGUUUUUUAUUGACACAACUCAUGACGUUGCGUCAUUUACGGAAGGUAUUCUCCAGGAAAGUGGUUAUAAAUAGAUCCAUGUCAAUAUGUUAAUAUGUACUAUCGGGUAGGUGACAGCAAGGCUCAUUGCGUGAAGAGCCCUUCAGAAGCAAGAAUACAAAAUGUCAAAGUAUGAUAUUAAAGUCACGGGAGUUGAAGGCGGCACGGUGGAAAAGUCCAAUGUUGCUGGUGUUGUCCACGGCGGGAUGGGCAAUAGCGUCACUACCACCCAUAACCAAGGAAGUCGUCAAAUCACAAACCAAGGUAAUAUAAGUAAUAUUGCCACAGGUGAUAACCACAGCGGGAAUAUGGCUGCUUCAGUCGGUGGCCAACCUAAGGCUGGUGGCAGAAGAGAUCCUAGAGCACUCACCCCAGGAGAACUGAUAAAUCAUCUGAGGGAGCGCCACUGCACUGAGGACACUAUUCAGAGUUUUGAGACACAUAAUGUUGACGGGCGAUUGUUCAUGGACCUAGAUGAUGAACUUCUUGUCGAUCUUGAGAUUAACAGCAGGAUAGAACAAAGGAAGCUCAAGUGUUUAAAGGAAGACCUCAUUCAGUGAACUGGAUUUACAUUACUAAAGAAGCAAGUGAAUAACUGUGCUCGCCUUCUCGCUGUGGAUACACUUCGCAGUGAAUAGCUAUAGGAAGGUUUGCAAACAUUAGUCCUCAUGAAAUAUAAAAUAACCCAAUUUCGUUUAGUAAAUUGUAUUUUGUACUAUUCAAAUAUUAAAUAAUACACUUGCA